AUGGCCAUCGCGGACCUACUUCAGAUCCUCGCCCGAGAGGCGACAGACAGACCCAUCGAGUUCAUGGCAAAAGGCCUGAGCUUGGUGUUUUUGGUAUAUGUUAUUGCGAACGAGUUCAUCCGCUCCAAGGCGCGGUUAUCCAACUUUGACGGACCAAAAGGCUUUCCCCUCAUUGGGAACCUGUGGCAGGUCAGACAUGACGCUGCGGAGAAGUACAGGGAGUGGGCAAAGGAGUUUGGUUCGGUGUUCCAGGUGCAGCUUGGCAACAUUCCCGUUUUGGUCAUCAACAGCGCCGCUGCGGCGAAGGUGAUUCUCGGUCACAACUCACAAGCAAUUGCGUCACGCCCAGAGCUCUACACUUUCCACAAGAUCGUGGCCAACACCGCUGGCACGACCAUUGGCACUUCACCAUACAAUGAGUCCCUCAAGCGCCGCAGAAAGGGCGCCGCUUCAGCCCUCAACCUGCCCGCCAUCAAGACGUACAUCCCCCACCUGGACCUCGAGACCAAGGAGUUCCUCAAGGACGCCCUCAACUACGGCAAGGCGGGCAAGCUGCCCGUGAACCCCAUGCCCCUGGUCCAGCGCCUCAGCCUGUCUCUGGCCGUCACCCUCAACUGGGGCUUCCGCUUCCCCAGCCACGAGGACCCCCUGUUCAAGGAAAUCAUCGACGUCGAGGUCAACAUCAGCCGCUUCCGCAGCGUCACCGACAACCUCCAGGACUACAUCCCCCUCAUGCGCUGGAACCCCUUCUCGGCCGGCACCCGCGCCGCGCUCGGCAUGCGCGGCCGCCGCGACAUCUACCUGUCUAAGCUCAACAACGACCUCAAGGAGAAGGUCGCCAACGGCACCUACGAGCCCUGCAUCCAGGCGAACGUCAUGCUCGACGAGGAGGCGAAGCUGAACGACGUCGAGCUGGUGUCGAUCAGCUUGACCAUGCUGUCGGCUGGGUUUGAGACGUUCUCGACGGUCACGACGUGGGCGAUUGGCUUCCUGGCGCAGCACCCCGAGAUCCAGCAGAAGGCCUUUGACGCGAUUAAGAAGGUUUACGACGUGAACAACCCGCUUUGCGACGCCAACGACGACCAGAGUAUUCCCUACAUCAGAGCACUGGUCCGUGAGAGUUUGAGAUAUUUCACCGUCCUCCGCCUCUCUCUUCCCCGCGCGACGAACAAAGACUUCGUCUUUGAGGGCAAAGUGAUCCCCAAGGGCACUGUUGUGUUCCUCAACUCCUGGGCUUGCAACAUGGAUACCGAGGUCUGGGAUGACCCCGAGGUUUUCCGCCCCGAGCGCUGGCUGGAGAACCCCGAAGCCCCGAUGUUCACCUACGGCAUGGGCUACCGCAUGUGCGCGGGCACUCUGCUUGCCAACCGCGAGCUGUACCUUACCUUCAUGCGCAUGCUGGCCAGCUUCAAGAUCUCCACGACCGAGGUCAUCGACUCGAGCCCUCUCACCGGCGUCGACGACAAGAGGAACUUGGUGCUUGCGCCCAAGCCUUACACUGUGUCCUUCACCCCUCGCAACGAGGCGGCUCUCCGAAAGGCCCUUGAGAUUUGA